AUGUCACCACCACCUGUUGUGACUUGCCAACAUCCUAGAAAGAGCAGUCCGCGUGGUAGCUCGGACAACAGCAAAGAGCUGGACGACGACGACGACCAAACCGGUGUGCAGCUUUCGUUUGAAGCAAUCGAUCGACGAUCCAUUAACGAAAUGACCAUGUCCAAGUCCCGAGCUAGCACCACGGCUUUCUCGAGGAGAGUAGGUGCCGUCGCGGCGUUCACGAACAUCGGCCGCAGAAGUGACGAAGGCAGAAGCGGUGAUCGAGAAGACCCUGACGACAAGACCGCUCCUGCUGUUGCAACAGCCCGGGCUUGUCUUGACAGGCAAAACGUGGUCGAAAAGUGCGCGGCUCGACCUCGACAAGGCUGUUCCAGCAGUGACGAUCGCAGCACGGCUAGGCGGACCUCGAAGUGCCCGCCUGCUACUACAAGGCCAACGAGCGCAGAUUUUUCAGCACAUGCACCGCCAACUGCUGCGUCGCCAGCAGUUUUCGUGUUACCAAAGGUGACAACCCGCAAGGGCGAAAAGAGCUUCCUCGAGUUCAAUCAGCACUAUGCCAUCACGAAGCAUCUUGGUCAAGGCUCGUACUCGACGGUAAAGCAGGUGACGCACCGCAAGAAAGGUGGGGUCUACGCUUGCAAGAUCGUGGACAAAUCGAGUCUCUCGGCUGCAGAUCGCGCAGCACUUUCUCACGAAGUGCGCGUUCUGUCCAGCGUCCACCACGUGAACAUCAUGCGGUUGUACGAAGUCAUCCAAGACGACGCCAAGUGCUACAUGGUGACGGAACUAGCUGGCGGCGGCGACUUGUUCGACCGGAUUGUCAAGCAGGGCAAGUUUCCCGAACGCGAGGCACAAAAAGUGACGGCGGCUCUAGUCGAAGCGCUGCAGUACUGCCACACGCACAGCAUUAUCCAUCGUGACGUGAAACCGGAGAACGUGCUGUUCUCAAAUGACGACGUGAAGCUCUGUGACUUUGGGUUUGCUCGACAGCUUGCUCACCCAGAAGAGCAGGUCUCCGACUCAUGCGGUACGCCGGGGUACGCAGCGCCAGAGAUCUUACAUGGACGACCGUAUGGCCUCGAAGCUGACGUGUUCUCACUCGGUGUCGUGACAUACAUUAUGCUGUGCGGCUACCCGCCGUUCCCAAUGAAGCUUGCCCACUUACGCAAGCAUCGGUUCAAUGUGCAGUACCCGGUAAAGGACUGGGCUGCAAUCGACCCUGAUGUCAAGACGCUCCUUUCCAAGAUGCUGGACGUCGACCCCGGGGUGAGACCCUCCAUGGCAGUCCUUCACACACAUCCGUGGAUUCGAGCAGGAAAAGAGAUGUCGGAGCGCGCGCGUCAAGAGGAUCGAGAGCGUUGUCAGUUUGCUGAUGUUGUUCAACAACAGCAAACAGCUUCGGCGAUCCGCAAGCAGCUCGUGAUGAAUGGAUGCGAGGCAGUGAAAUAUGGCCGCAACGGUUUUCGUCAUCGCACCAAACUUCGCUUGUCGGAAGACGGCAAAGUUCUCAGCUGGCAGCCAAAGCUGCUCAAGCGAGGCCUACUCCGCUGUCAGAACGCACGCGGUUUCGCGAGCUUGUUUCACGUUCGCGACAGGGGUUACGGCCAGCCGGGGCAGCAAUUCAGUGAGUGCCGAGCCACUCGAGAUGUUCGUACUGACUGUGCUGCUGGUGCGUCAACUGUCAAGCACCCUGAACCGGAGCAACGUACUUGUGCUGCUUCUACUGCAUGUCCCCAUUCUACCAGUGGCAGCUUAAUGGGCAACACUUGCGACGCUGUUCGUGAAAAGCGUUUGUGGUGGCGUUUGCCAUGUCGCGAACGUGAUGUGAAGACUGGUCGCACAACAAGCAGCGGAUUCACGCGCAACUUGUCUUCUCGAGAAACGAGCAACACCUCGCCGUCGCCACUAACGCCUCCAGCAGCAAAGAUGCUGCGGACGCAGCCACCAAGAUUGACAUUGAAGAGCGUUGCAACACCUCCAACCAAAUCUUUGGACCGCUGCUUGGAUGACUCCAUUCAUCUGCACGAUGUUUGCAAGAUCCUUUCCGGUGAUGAUGCACCGUUUUUCGCUGGCCACGCAUCGAGUCUGCCACAUCCACCCAAACGUGCCGUCGAUCCGGCUUGCGUGUUGUCGAUAUACAGUCGACACCGUGAGCUUCACCUCGCGUUCUCGGACGAACGUGUACGCAAUGGGUUCAGGUACUUGCUUCAGCAAGCUACGUUGCCACUCCAGCACUGUGAUCCAAGUCAGUCAGAGUAUCCGAUGGAAUCAAGUCCAACGCCGUCACGGCCAAGCGCACCAUAG